CCGUCGCCGACGUAAUGACGUCACCGAGGACGUGUAGAGGAGGAUGAGGAUGAGGAGGAAAGUUGGGUUUUAAGUGAAUUAACUGCUCUUCCGUCGUUUUUGUCGCUCCACAGGAUGAUCCGUGAUGAAGAGGCCAAAGCUGACGGGAGUUUUCCUCUUCCUCCUCUCUCUGCUCGUCUACCUCAUGCUGGUGAAGCAUCACUACUCCGGCCCCCGGCCCGGGUCCUACGGACUACCUCCCAACCCCCGGCCCGGGUCGGCCAGAGCCGAGGGGUCGGCCCGGACCGAGGGGUCACCCAGAACCAGAACCAGAACCAGGACCGAUACCUCGGCCUCUGCUGACGCACGGUUCCAGUACGGCAUCAUGUUUGACGCCGGCAGCACCGGAACCAGAAUCCACGUCUUCCAGUUCCAGCUGGAGGACACAGAAACUCCGUCUCUGGCCCACGAAACCUUUAAAGCCAUCAAGCCGGGCCUGUCGGCGUACGCAGACGACCCGCACAAGUGCUCUCCAGGUCUCCUGCAGCUCCUGGACGUGGCCCGGUCCAGCGUCCCGUCCUCCCAGUGGAGCAGAACCCCGGUGGUUCUGAAGGCCACGGCAGGACUGAGACUGCUGGACGGAGAGAAGGCCGAGCAGCUGCUGGACGUGGUGAGGGCGCUGUUCCUGGAGUCCCCCUUCCUGUCCAGCCAUGACAGCGUGUCCAUCAUGGACGGCACUGAUGAAGGGAUUUCUGCCUGGAUCACCGUCAACUUCCUCACAGGUGGUCUCCAUGGUGACGGCUCCUCUACCGUGGGGAUGCUGGACCUGGGAGGAGGAUCCACCCAGAUCACCUUCAGCCCCCAAGAUGAGAAAACCAUCCAGACGUCUCCCAUCGACUAUAUCAGAUCCUUCCAGAUGUUCAACCACACACACACGGUCUACACACACAGUUACCUGGGUCUGGGUCUGAUGUCGGCCCGUCUCUCCGUGCUAGGAGGCAUCGACGCUCCUCCCCUAGGGGGCUCCACGGAGCUGGUCAGUCCCUGCCUCCCCCCCGACUACCGGGGCAGCUGGGAACACGGAGACCUGGUCUACACCGUCAGGGGAGAGAAGGAAGGGGGGCAGGUCUACGAGUCGUGCCUCUCCAAGGUCCAGAAGGUUCUCUACAGGAAGGUGAUGAAAACCUCGGAGGCGGCAGACGGAGAAUUCUACGCCUUCAGUUACUACUACGACCGGGCCCUGGACCUGGACCUGGGGACCAUCGAUGGUUCGUCCGGAGGAUCCGUCCUGGUGUCUGACUACAUGGAAGCAGCUAAGAGAGUGUGCGAUGACUCGUCUCCAGACCAGAACCAGAACCAGAACCAGAACCAGAACCCGUUCCUGUGUCUGGACCUGAUCUACAUCUCAGUUCUGCUGCAGGAGCUCGGGUUCCCCCCCCACAAACAGCUGCGGCUGGCCAGAACCAUCAACCAGGUAGAAACCAGCUGGGCCCUCGGAGCCACGUUCUCCCUCCUGGGGGGACCAUGAAGACCUGGUCCUGGUCCCUGAAGACCUGGACCUGGUGCAGCUUGUGUAUUUUUUGUGUAUCAACUGUUUUUUACAAUAAAGUUGGACUUUAAAAAUGAA